AACCAAUUUGAUGUAAUUUAUAAGAGCUACCGGGAGGGGUGAAGGGAAGUAGCCCAAUCAAACAGCCAAUAGGAAAGCAGAAAGCAGCUUCUUCGUUUGCAUCCUGCGCUACGAGGAAAUGACGGAUUUCGAGUUCUCCAAAGAAAGACUCAUAGGAUAUACAUGGAGAGUGAGAGAAGGAUCUAUUAUAAGGAAUUGGCUCACAUGAUUGUGGAGGCUGACAAGUCCCAAGAUCUGCCAGGUGAGUCAGCAAGGUGGAAACCGGGAAAGCUGAUGAAGACCUGCAAACAAAGAGAACCAAUGCUACCGUUCCAGUCCGAGGGCCAGCGGGUGGGGACCCAGGAAGAGUUGCCAGGACUCCAUUUCCCAGCGUGCCUCAGGACGCGACGACCGCGUUUGUCCGAGACCUUCAGGAGUCGGGUCCCUGAUCCCCAAGUGCGGCAGCCAAGGCUGAGCGGAAGCCGAUGCUGAGCGGGCAGCUGGUCGGGCGCCUGUUCUCCAUGGCCGGUCGCGUGUGUCUGUCCCGGAGCAGCUCAGGAUUGGGGACCAUCGGUCCCGUCGAGGCAGCCAUUCGCAUGAAGUUGGAGCAGGCCCUCAACCCCGAGGUACUGGAGCUGCGCAACGAGAGCGGCGGCCACGCAGUCCCACCAGGCAGCGAGACGCAUUUCCGCGUGGCGGUGGUGAGCUCUCGCUUUGAGGGACUGAGCGCCUUACAACGGCACCGGCUGGUCCACGCUGCCCUGUCUGAGGAGCUGGCUGGGCCGGUCCACGCACUGGCCAUACAGGCACGGACCCCCGCCCAGUGGAAGGAAAACCCUCAACUGGACAUGAGCCCCCCUUGCCUGGGUGGGAGCAAGAAAACUCGGGGAACCCCCUGAGCCCCAAGAGAGGGAAGACCAGGAUUCUAAUGGUUUGGGAAUAAACUACGGGCUUUCUUCCCUUCAA